CAAAAGCAAGAUCAGCCACCGGUACUCGUCUCUGCGGCGUGUUUCGUUGGUUAUUCACCGCACACAUUUGUUAAUAUUGAAAACUGCGCUGCCUACAAACAGUUGCACUAGUCAUAGUUGUUAGCGCUGGCCGCUGGGCGCCAUGGCGCGCAAUAUCUCGCGCAUCGUGUUACUGACUGACUGAUCAGGUGGUGAAUUUUGAUCCAUGCCGUCCCAUGCCAUGGCUUCGCUGUUCAAAAACAAGCGAUGCACACUUGAGAGAGCGGAGAAGUUCAUCAGCCCCGUAUAUUUCACGGAUGUCAAUCUGUACGGGAAGAUCUACCCGGAGGCUAAAGAUUUGACCAGCCUGGCCGUGUGGUCGACUCCUGAUCGCGUGCCGUUUCUUGAAGCUUCUCAGCGACCGGACUACGUCAAGACCUGUGUCGGCGCUCAGUUUGGACCGACGUGGACAACCUGUUGGUUUAAGAUUGUGAUCGACAUUCCAAACAAGUGGUGUGGCAGAGAAGUCCACCUACGAUGGGACUCCGAAAGCGAGGCGCUUCUUUUCACAACAGAUGGGAAGCCUCUUCAAGGGCUCUCAGGUGGAGUGAGUCAUCAGGAGCGACAUAGCUUCACAAUCACACCAUCCGCAACCGUGUCUUGCCUGCACCACGAGUUCUUCAUAGAGAUGGCAUGCAACCACCUUUUUGGAGCUGGUAAUCCCACCAUGAUUAGCGCACCUGACCCCAAGAAGAUGUUCACACUGAAGAAAGCAGACAUUGCCGUUUAUGACCGAGAAGUUGAUGCCCUCAUCACCGACCUGCAGCUCUUGACUGAGAUGGCACGAGAGUUGCCCAAGGAUGGCAUCCGUUCAUAUGAGGCAAUGUACACUGCCAAUGAGAUAGUUAAUUGCAUUGACAUGAAUGACAGGGGUUCACUGAAAGCAGCCAAGGAAAUAGCCGACCGGUUUUUUGGCCAACGCAACGCAGAGAGCCAACACACCAUAGCAGCCAUAGGAAACUGCCAUAUUGACACAGCUUGGCUAUGGCCCUAUGCUGAGACCAAACGAAAGUGUGCACGAAGCUUCGCGUCUGCACUUCUGCUGAUGGAAAAGUUCCCAGAAUACACAUUUGCCUGCUCACAGGCACAGCAGCUUUCCUGGGUCAAGGACAACUACCCCUCGUUGUUUGAGAGAAUUCAGCACUACACUAAAAAGGGGCAGUUCAUCCCAGUGGGUGGCACAUGGGUCGAGAUGGACGGAAACUUGCCAAGUGGAGAAAGUUUUGUGCGGCAGUUCCUUUAUGGGCAGCUUUUCUUCGAGAAAGAGUUUGGUACCCGGUGCAAGGAGUUCUGGCUUCCUGACACGUUUGGAUACUCAGCUCAACUUCCCCAAAUCAUGAGGAUAUGUGGGGUGUCCCGAUUCCUCACUCAGAAGUUAAGCUGGAACCUGGUGAACAAGUUUCCUCACCACAACUUCCUGUGGGAAGGCCUAGAUGGCAGCACGGUCUUGGCCCACUUUGCUCCAUCCGAAACAUACGGAGCGGAGCUCCGGGUGGCUGAGGUGGUGAAAUCGGUGACAAACCUGGAGGACAAGGGGCGGGUGUCACACAGCAUUCUCCUCUUUGGUCAUGGAGACGGAGGGGGCGGCCCUACAGAGGCCAUGCUGCGGCGUCAGUCAAGACUACAAGACUUGCCUCCCAUUUGCAGAGUCGCACUGUCUACACCAGAUGCCUUCUUCUCGGCCCUGGAAUCCGAGUCUCGCAGCCUCUGCCGCUGGGCAGGCGAACUCUUUUUGGAGCUUCACUGUGCGACGUACACUACGCAUGCACGGACCAAGCAGCUCAACCGCAUGUGUGAGCAGGCACUGAGAGACGCAGAGAUGAUCUGUUCGGUGGUGUUUGCGCUUGCACCAGAUGUGGCACCAUACCCAAGUCAGGAAUUUGAAGCCUGCUGGAAGGAUGUGCUCCUAAACCAGUUUCACGAUGUCCUGCCGGGAAGCUGCAUAGCUGAGGCCAGAAAAGAUGCUGAAAGGCUCAAUAGUGAAGUGCUCAACCGGGUGCGACAGUUAAGCGAUGGAGCUCUGGAGAAACUUUUUGGGACGUGCGAUGACUACACCAGUGGCGACCUAGUGUUCGUGAACAGUUUGCCGUGGAGUCGGUCAGAGAUAGUCUCUGUGCCCUGGAACCGGGAAGAGCUCUCCAAGCGCUGCUGGAUUGAAGGUGUGGACGACAACGCCAUGCAACAGACAGAACGCGGCACGCUGGUUUCUAUUGUGGCUCCACCUGCUGGCUACAAAGUGCUCCGAGGCAUCUCAUCUCAAAAAGUUUCCGUCUUGGCUGUGGAGACUGCACCUGGCGUGAUUCGGCUGCGCAACCAGUUUCUGGAGGCAAAGUUGAAUAGCUGCUGUGAGGUGUCGUCACUCAAGAUUCUCGGUGGCUCCAAGGAGUUUGUGGCUGCAGACAAACUGGCAAAUGUGUUUGUCAUGUUUGAUGACAUUCCUCUCUACUGGGAUGCCUGGGAUGUCAUGGACUAUCACCUCGAGACUCGUAAACUAGCGGUCAAGCAGGUACUUGAACCCGCUAUCAUUCUGGAGCAAGGUCCGCUGCAAGCAGCUGUGAGAGUGAAAUUUACAGUUGGGCUCUUGAGCACCGUAACGCAGACUGUCAUCAUUGAUGCGGUGCAUCCGUACCUAAGGUUUGACACCCAAGUGGAAUGGAAGGAAGACCACAAGUUCCUCAAGGUUGAAUUCCCAGUCAACAUCUUGUCUCGGUGGGCCACGUAUGAAAUCCAGUUUGGGCAUGUGGAACGACCAACCCACUUCAACACAUCGUGGGACUGGGCGAAGUACGAGGUGUAUGGCCACAAGUGGGCCGACCUCAGUGAGCACGGCCAUGGUCUGGCAUUGCUGAACACGUGCAAGUACGGCCACGCAGUCCACGGGAAUGUCCUGCGGCUUUCACUGCUCCGAGCACCCAAGAGCCCCGACCCAGAAGCCGACAUGGGUCAUCACGAGUUCACCUACGCCCUCAUGCCACACCAGGGGUCUUUCCAAGAAGCUGGAGUAAUUCAGCAAGCGUAUGAGCUGGGCUGUCCUCUCAAAAUGGUUGUCUGCAAUGCUGAAUCAAAGCUUUCAGGGGUUCUGAGUUCACAGAAGUCACUGAUGGAGUCAGCCUCAUGGUUUCAGGUGUCCUGUCCAGCAGUGGUGUUGGAGACUGUGAAACGAUCUGAGCAUCACCAUGAUGCCCUAGUCCUUCGCUUUUAUGAGGCGUACGGUGGAGAAGCGACAUCAGCUGUCACCACGUUCCUGCCUGUUGCCAGGGCAGUUGUGUGCACUGCUCUCGAAGACGAAGGCACCGAGCUGCUCCUCAGCGGGGGAACAAUCCAGCUUGUCCUCAAGCCCUUUCAGGUUGUCUCUGUGCUGGUAUUCCUGAAGUCCUCACCAAGUGAGUUGCAUGUGCUUCGGGGUCAGCCCCAUUGAGAGUCAGUGCAUCUAAUUUCUUUUGAAGUACUCUGUGUAUUUAAGUUGAAACGUUGCAACUAAACGAUAAUAAAGAAGUGACUGUGCACUGCAUGUCCUCCUUGAGUUGUGACUAUGCAGCUCAGUACUUUAAAGACUAGCCCUUACCAAGAUAAUGCUUUUUUUACACAUGCUCACCGAUGGACUGAGUUUUUAUAUGCAGUGUCUGGUUCACACAAGGGAGAGCACAAUAUUUCAGAGUGUUAUGUGAUCAGGUUACACUCCAUUUCAGUGAUUCUCUGCAGUGAUAGCAACGCUGCCAGAAUCUUCAGCAGGGUCUCAGCGUGUAGUAUACAUUUACGCUGUGUUGCCUGCUCACCUUCUCUCAAUGCCUUGCCAUGGUAUACCUGCCUGCUUAUUGAUAAAAAAAAAUAGAGAGACAGCAUGAUUGCAUUGCUACAAGCAUUAUCUGCUUAGUUGAAAAGAGCAUUACCAGCGAAAAUAAUGCAGCCAGUAAUGAGAAGAAUGUGAUCAUGUUAAAGCAACUCUUACAUAGUUUUUAUGACACAAUAUUGCCAGAGUACAUGUAUUCACAUGCAAUCGAGGUGCAAUCUUAAGUGUAAAUAUAGGUUCAUAGGGUAUUUGUGAAAUAAUUCAUAACUGGAAAUGUUCUUUUAUCACACUAUUUCGGAAUUCUACCACUUCCCUUUGAAUUCCUUCGAGGCUUCAAGCCUAGAGAGCACUAAUAAAUAAUAAAACAAAAGCUAUAUAUAUAUGUGUGUGUAUCACGGAAAUGUUCUUUUGGGUAAUAUGAGACAAAACAAAAGUCUGUCCUACCAUUCAUUUGUUGCUAGCACUACAAAUAAAUUAUUGUGAACAUGUGUGGCAAAUGGUGCUUUCUGACACCAACUUAGUGCCUAGAAGGAAAUAGUGGAACUAUGUGUCUUGAGAUUAGGGUUUGUGAUAACAGCGUUGAAGUUUUGGAAACCACACUGGCUUUUAGUAAUUUCAGCCGAUUUACUGCUUUUGUGUCGAUUUUACAACCUUAUGAAAACAGAAAGUAUAGUUUGGCAUCACUUUUUAUUUCACAUGCGGUUAAAGAAACAUAUCCAAAUUCAAUUAGAUAUUGUUGAUACAGUGCCGAAAAAACAUGUUCUGGCGCUACUGUCUUUGUAAACGUGUGUAAUGUGACACUUUGUAAGGAACAAAUGCAUAUGUUGUCAUGAUUAUUUGUUUCAGCAAAUGCAGAUAAUGGAUGUUCUGUGUGCCUCGUAGCUUUGACAGCAUUGAAGGGGACCCCUGAGACCCCUUAGUGUGAAAGGUGCUUGGGUGUAGGAAAAUUGAAGGCAGAGUCUAGCGCAGUUCGACGUAGUGGGUGUCGAAUUAGUCAUUUGCGUGGUUCUUUAGUUGUUCUUUCAAUCCUGCUCUUAAAAAGCUGGGCUGUUGCUAACAGCUUGGCUGCAAAAUGUUUAGUUUUUUUGUUCAUCAUUCUGUAAAGAACAAAGAUUGUAGGGUAGCAGAGUGUCAUUGUAAAUUAAGGCAUUGAAAGGGUGUCAAACGCUUCACUUUCAAACAGUAAAAACACUCACUCACGGACAGGGUGAAUGCUACUGCAUUGUAGAAAGAGAGAGAGAUAAACGGGGCAGGAAAGGCAGGGAGGUUAACCGGAAGAAAUUCUGGUUUGCUACCCUGGACUGGGGGAAGGGUAAGGGGGAAGUGAAAGAAGGAAUAGUGGAGAGAAAAAGCAACGGCACGAAAAAUAAAAGACGAGGUUGGGAACGUCCGCGAGAACUAGUCUCUCUAAUAGGCCACUCGAACGAAAAAAAUUAGAGUGCCUUGACUGACUUGUGGUGUGACGACUAUGUAGGCCGGCAUUCCAGGCCUGUCUGCUCGAAAGCGGCUGGUCUUCAAGAUGGGCCGGCGCGUUUGCUAGUUACUGCCUGUGUGCGCUGUAUUGGGGACAACUGCAUUGUAACAGAUAAUAGAGCCUUGCAGAUAACAGCGUAACAGUGUUAACAGUGAAAAUCAGGCGUUUGUCCCCUAUGUCUUUAACCUGUGUCACUUUUAUGCACUAGUAAACAUGCAUUUCAACAGCAACCUAGUAACUAGCCCUUGGUGCUUCCUAAUAGUUUCAUGCAUAUGCUCUUGUUUUACUAUGCUGUGACUCAACUAUGAUAUGAAGAAGUUGGUGCUUGCUAUGUGUUUGAUAUGAAGAAGCAGGUGUUUGCGAUUACAGUCGAACCUGGAUAUAUCGAAUCUCAAGGUGAUCACAGAAAUGUUCGAUAUAUAGGUAAUUCGAUAUAUAAAAUAAAAAUUGUAUACAAAAGUUUUCAAGGGAAUUUUACUGCUGUUCAUUAUACACAGUAAUUCGUUGUGUGUGGGUUCGAUAUAUCCAGGUUCAACUGUAUAAUAAUUUCUCACCUGAUCAGUGCUUGACUGAAGCUCUAAGCUGCAUUGCAAGCUGAGUUGCAACAAGUGCAACGUAACAAGCAAAUGACAUAGUUGCAAGAGAUCUGUUGUCAAGACACCAGACACAGUGCACAUUCACAUAAUUUCAAAAGCUAAAAAGCUAUGCUGAAUUUGUAUUUCUGGCACUGCUUCAUAUGUGUACUAUAUUUGAUGGCUUCAAGAAAGCAAGUUUUUUUUUUUUUUUUAGACAAGUUGGAAGUUUAUACACUAUAGCUUUUAAACACGAAUUCUUUUUCUUUAAACCCAUUUCUGACACUGUGAUGUUUUCAUUCCUAUUGCUCUUUACUCAAGUACAUAGUCUAUUGACCACUUGUGUAAAGAGCAACCUACUGUAAUGAGUGAAAAAUCAAUUGCAACAGCACAUUUUUUUAACUUAAGCACAUAUGGGUCUUGUUCAUCUGUGUGCCAUCAAGAAUCCUAUUUUAACAGUAGGUGUGAAAAUUAUGCCAAGUGUACGGAGUAUUUUCCUUUGUUAGAUGUGCUCUAUAUGAUUUGCACCAUUUUGAGGCUUGGAAGUUUUUAAGGGCAUUUAUGGCCUGGCUAGUUUCUGAGUGUUUUGAGUAUGUUGCAUUUUUCUCAUGUACAUUGCUGCGGUGUGAAGCAUGUGGUCACCAUGGCCAGUGUAUGGGUGACCAUUCAUUCCAGUCAUGUACUGCACACAAAAGCUAAAAUAAGCUACAACUGAAUUGUUUCCGUGCCUGUUUGUACUUGGCAUGCUAUAGCAUUUAUUUAGCAUUUGUUGCAACUGUAGAACUCGCAGAAACAGAUGCAUUGAAUUUAUUAUCUGCUCAGGUUUGCAGUAGAAGUAAUCGAGUGAUAGAAAAUGUGCCAAAACAAAGUCUCAAUAUUUUAAGAAUGGUGGAUGUUGUUUGGUCAAAGCAAGGCAUGACAUAGAAAAAAAAUGUUUAUCCAUAGUUUGUGGUGCUAGAACAAAAAAUGUUUAUCCAUAGUUUGUGGUGCUAGAACUCUACUAGGUAAGUCAGAGGGAGGACUGGAAAAGAUGAGAUGUAGAAAUCUUAAAUUAAGUAAUGAUAUCAAAACCAUUUCAGCAAUUGAUUUCAGGCAGAGGCAAAGAUAAGGGCGAGGCUUGGAGUCAGUGUUACAUGACGCACGCAAUAAAGUAUUGGGGCUCUGCAAAGCUUUGUCUUGAGGCUCGUGAAGAAGGCCAUUCUACGUAUAAAUGUGAUUUCACAUGGCUACAGUGGGCAGAUCUGCUUCUUGAGGCAAAGUCUGGUUGAUUGUGCAUAUGCUUUGUAAUUGUGCUUGAGUAGUCACUAUAGUACUGUGAAUAAAGUGCAUAUUUCCAUGUGCA